AUGGCUGCAGUACCCAAGCCUGGUGGAACGGAAUUGUCUUUAUGGCAGCACAACUUGACCUUCCGCCUCCUACCGGCUUUAAUGCACCUCCACUGCCUUUUGGAGCAAUACUUGGAUGUUGUUGAAGUUUUAUUUCUUACUUUCCCCAAUUCUUAUUGGGAAGACACCAAUGUAAAAGGUUGUGUCGCAAAUGUUUCUGCAAAGCUUGAGGUUAUGGAGCCAUGUUGCAGUGUCAAGGAUAGGAUAGGAUACAGUAUGAUAGCUGAUGCUGAGAAAAGAGGUCUUAUAACUCCGGGAAAGAGUGUUCUGGUUGAAGCUAAUACAGGAAUUGGCAGCGGUGGAACUAUUUCGGGCACUGGUCGUUACCUCAAAAAACUCAAUCCAAAUGUCAAGGUAGCUUAUUUUCCCUUUUUGAAAUUUGAAACUGCAGGUCCUCACAAAAUUCAAGGGAUUGGAGCUGGUUUUAUCCCAAAGAAUUUAGAUCUAGAAGUCGUAGAUGAAGUUAUAGAUAGCUGUUUGUUUCUUACCCCUACUAUUUUCCGUAGCUCCUAA